UUGGCGGGAAGUUGGCGUAGUUCCCCGGUCCCCGCCUUGUUUCUCCCCAGAGGCUUCACAAUCUUCCCUCCACGGUCUCGGCAUAGGGCAUAGUACCCUUUCGCACGGAGGACGCGAUGGCUCCCAGGAAACGCCCAGAAACCCAGAAGACCCCCGAGGUGGCUGUGCGCCCCAAGAGCAAGAGGAGCAGAAGCCCCCGGGAGCUGGAGCCCGAGGCCAAGAAGCUCUGUGUGAAGGGCCCCGGUUCUAGCAGAAGAUUUGACUCAGGCUGCCUUUGGGCGGGGUUGGCUAGCCUGCAGGUCCCGCCAUCGUGCAGCAGCAUCGUCAGGGCGCUCCACCACCAUAAGCUGGGCAAAGCUGCCUGGCCGUCACUGCAGCAGGGUCUCCAGCAGUCCUUUUUGCAUUCUCUGGCUUCUUACCGGAUAUUCCAAAAGGCUGCCCCUUUUGACAGGAGGGCCACAUCCUUGGCAUGGCAUCCAACUCACCCCAGCACCCUGGCUGUGGGUUCCAAAGGGGGAGAUAUCAUGCUCUGGAACUUUGGCAUGAAGGACAAACCUACCUUCAUUAAAGGGAUUGGAGCUGGAGGGAGCAUCACUGGGCUGAAGUUUAACCCUCUUGAUACCAACCAGUUUUUCACCUCCUCAAUGGAGGGAACAACUAGGCUGCAAGACUUUAAAGGCAACACUCUGCGAGUUUUUACCAGCUCAGGCACCUGCAACUUCUGGUUUUGCAGCCUGGAUGUGUCUGCCAGAAGCCGAAUGGUGGUCACAGGAGACAAUGUGGGGCACGUGAUCCUACUCAACAUGGAUGGCAGGGAGGUGCGUUUUCUGGAGCCCAGUUCCCCCCUUUCUGUCCCUUGCCCCUGGCCUCCCUGCGCCCCACCUGAACCGAGCCCUUCUCUGCAGCUCUGGAAUCUGAGAAUGCACAAAAAGAAAGUGACCCACGUGGCCCUGAACCCAUGCUGUGAUUGGUUCCUGGCCACAGCCUCCGUAGACCAAACAGUGAAAAUCUGGGACCUGCGCCAGGUUAGAGGGAAAUCCAGCUUCCUCCACUCGCUGCCGCAUAGCCAUCCUGUCAAUGCAGCCUGUUUCAGUCCUGAUGGAGCCCAGCUCUUGACCACUGACCAGAAGAGUGAGCUCCGGGUUUACUCAGCCUCCCAGUGGGACUAUCCCCCAAGCCUGAUCCCACAUCCUCACCGCCACUUCCAGCACCUGACACCCAUCAAGGCAACCUGGCAUCCUCGGUACAACCUCAUUGUCGUGGGCCGAUACCCAGACCCCAAUUUCAAAAGCUGUACCCCUCAUGAAUUAAGGACGAUCGAUGUGUUUGACGGAAGCUCAGGGAAGAUGAUGUAUCAGCUCUAUGACCCAGAAUCUUCUGGUAUCAUUUCGCUCAAUGAGUUCAAUCCUAUGGGGGACACGCUGGCCUCUGUGAUGGGUUAUCACAUUCUCAUUUGGAGCCAGGAGGAAGCCAGGAUGCGGCCAUGAGAGACACUAAUGAAGGUGUGGGCUAAGCGAGAGCUUGGAGCCGCCUGAGGACAAAUCCUGUAAGAAGAGGCGGCUGUGUAUUAAAAGGGCCAAAGGUAUCCAAGUCUUAGGGUUGGAGCAGGGACACUGUGGCAUGGGACACUAUGGGGCUGGGACACUGGCACGUUACUGCUCUGGACUCAGCUCCAGAAACUUCUCCAGAGUUGGUGCCCCAGGUGCCCCAAGGGCCCCUGCUGUAUCUAGCCUGGAGCCAGGCUUCUCUUGGAGCGAAGGUACUCUUCUAUGUUUGACGUGCAGUGAUGGAGUGAUAAGGUAGUGGUUUUCAGUUUGUGCUCACUAUUGACAUGGCUAAUAAAACCAUACCCAACA